AUGGGCCCCUGUACCGCCUCCUCAUGCUGCUGCCAGGCCCGUAAUCUGCCAUGGGCCCCCGUACCGACUCCUCAUGCUGCUGCCAGGCCCGUAAUGUGUCAUGGGCCCCUGUACCGCCUCCUCAUGCUGCUGCCAGGUCCAGAGUGUGUCAUGGGUCCCUGUACGGCCUCCCAUUGCUGCUGUCUCCAUCGCCACACUCUGCCAUGUGCCACUUUCAGGUCUCCUCACACUGCUGGUGGGUUCCAUUUUUUCAUAGGGUGCUGUAUGGCCUCCCAUUGCUGCUGCCUCCACCGCCACACUGUGGCUCCACACUCUGGUUUUGGCCCCGUGACUGCCCAAAUGAGUGAAGUGUGCGGUGAUUCUAAGAUCGACGGCACUCAUCUGCAUGUCAUACUGACUGACAGUAUUAUUUCUCUUCCCCAGCAGACUCCAAGGGCAUUUAAAUUAAAGGUACAGUGUUCUGCACUAAUAUAA